AUGAACCCUCGCCUCCCGCGCGGCGCCCGCCCAAAGCUUAGGAGGCUCUCGGGCGCAUCCGCCGGCCCCACGCGGAGGAACCCCCCGCCCUCCCCGCGCUCCCCACGGCGUUCGGCCCCGUGCGCCAGGCAAGCGCUCAGCAACAUCACGUACGACGGCUCCGCCUCAGUACCUGAGUCAGGUCCGGCGCCUCACCGAGAGGAUGACCGUGCUCGCGCCGGACCGCAGCUGCUGUCCCCGUGCGCCCACACACACUCGCCUCAGCCCGUCUGGUCCCGCCGGCUGCGGAGCUCCGGCGCGGCGGGUCUGUGGCUCUCGCCCCUCCCCUGCCACGGCGGGGGCGCGCUGGGUCCUACUGCCGCCGUAAACUCCUUCCCGCUGCUACGGGUUCUCCCGCGCAGGGCCGGCCGCGUGCUGCGCGGCGCCGGGACUGUACAAGGCACCGGCGUGAGCUUUGCGCUGCUUGCGCAGAGGCCAACGUGGGGCUGGGUCCUGCCGGCGUGGAUGAUGCACCGGCUGUCCAGAGGUCCAGAGGAGCAGGACCUGAGCUGUGGGCUUCAACGUAUGAAUGGACUUCUACAGUUGAGGUAUAAGCAACUACCUCUGACAGCUGAUCAAGAAUGGAUUCUAGAACAGAGUAAAAUGCAAACAGAACUAAACUGGCAACAGCUCUGUGAGAAUGCUGAACAUAAUCGGUAUCAGAAAUCAGAGGAUCUAACACAAAGCCUGUCUUCGUCAAGAGAGGAGGUAUUUCAGUAUGAUGAUAAAACUUCUCUGUGCAAAGAUAUUCCUACCUUGGAAAUAAAAAAGCUGCAAAAGCAGAAUGCCAACCUUUGUGCUGCUAUUGCACAAAUGAGGAAAGAAAUGGAGAGUCUUGAUGAGCAGAUGUUGUCCUCUCUUCCUCUGACAGAAAACAGACAACCUGUAGAGCAAGGUUCAGUGAGCACAAACAAAAUUUCAGCUGCAACCACUUUGAGCAACAUCAAAGUCAGCUCAGCUAAGCUCGACUGUAUAGUAAACCCAGACACAGAAAAGGGACCAGAACCCACAGUUCUUGAAGAAGAGAUAGUAGAUCUUGGACAAGAGUUGCCUGAUGUAGGUCCUGGUGUUGAGCUUCAAUAUGGUGUCAGACAUACUCUGCAGGGAAUGCAAAAUAAACUGAAGGAAGCAGCAAGAAAAAUCUCAGUCCUAAACCAAGAGAGGCGGCAGUUGAUUGAAAUGGGAAACAGACUCAGGGCAGAACUUGGAAUGAUGUUAAAAGAAGGACUUUGGCAUCCUGUUGGCUCUAAACGCUCCACAGUUUGUAUUGCCUCUGGUAGUCUGCUUCCAAGAGAACUUGUCAAAAGAACAGAGUGUCAGCUAUCAGCUCUAAAACAUCUACAGCACAGACUCACAACACAGAAGCUGCAACAUGCAAGGCAACAGCAUCCCUCGAGGUUCUCUUCUCUAGUUGCCUGCCCUGGCUUAAAGGAAGAAGCUCCAAGCAGCUGUGGGGAAGAAACGGAAUUGCCAUCUGCUGAGGUUCAGCUAGAUUUCUCUAUUGAAAAUCACGGGCCAGAGCAACAAAAGGCAAAUGCAUCCUCAAAGAUUGUUCAAAGUGAGCUGCUCAGGCAGAGUACUAGUCAAGUCCAGCAGGUCCAGCCUUCUUCAUCUAGAGCACUUAAUUUCUGCCAAGGUGUUUGGCAAACAUUAGAAAUUGGAUCAAGCCUUUCUAUUCUCAGUCCUCAAAAGAACAGCAACCAAGUGGAAUUGGAAGUUAUACGUUCAACCAAGCAAUCUGAAGAAUCUCAGCAAAAUGUCAAAGCCAAGGAUAAACUUGAAGUGCCAGCUGGAGAUUUGGCAGUGAGAGGAAGAAGACUGGAAGUUCAGCAGAAGUUAAAAUCCAGGAAUUUAUCUUGUAUUCAUCCAUUAAAACCAAAAAUCUCUUCUAACAUGGCAAAAAUCCGCAACUAUAAUAUUAAAGACUGAUUUUUAUGUUGGCAGCAGGUUCCAGAUCCACAGUUGCUAUUAAUUUACUUUGAAAUCUCUAAAUCAGAUCUAAGUAUUUGCUUCAUUUUUGUAUGUUGAGUUUUUCGCAGCCAAAAGAGAGAACGAAUACCCUGUUUCACACAGCGAACCCUAAAAUAAAGGGUUAAUGUGUUUACAUUAUGAGAUUACACUCUUCACUGUUAAUACCGAUUUAUUUUAAUUAUAUGUGUUAAAUUUUGCUUGCAUCAUGGAUUUAGAAAUGCCCAGUUAACACAUAGGUAAAGCCUUGUGCCUUCAGGCAGGGCUUCCAGGUCUUUAGCAGAUUUUUUGUUGAGAAACUGUAGACGUGAUUUAAGCUUAGCAGUGGGAUGCCUCAACCUACUUGUUUUCUUAUAAUUAACAAUGCAACCGUUAAUCCUAUGCAGCUACCUUUCUACUUGAAAGAAAAGGGGUUGAAAAGAUUACACCCGAGUCUGUAUUGUUUUCUCAUCUUCUGUAGCUCCUCCCACUUGUUCAGACAUAAUGAAAGAGUAUAAAAUUAAAUUUCUAUUGUCACACCAGUAGUUAUAUUUUUCCUUGACGUGAGAUUGCACAGACUUUAAAGCAGUGAAAAACACUGCUAAUGAGUUAGAUUCAUACCCUCAGAAUCAUACCAGACGCAUUGCUACCUAUAAGUCUUAAAACAUGAAACUAAAAGGAAACUUGAAUUAGUUGGGAUGUAAGAAAGGAUUUCUCUGUAGUAAUGAACACACCAAGACAUUGAAACAAGUGAUGAGUGUAUUUUUGUAACAUUUCCGGUAAUGCUGAGCUAUCUUGGGAUAUAACAGUGAUGAACUUUACGUAAAGGAAAUACACGUGAAGAAUUCAAUAAAAAACUUUUUUUAUGGA